GGCAGGGGCAGAGCGUGUGUGAGGGAAGGAGGCAUGUGAGCCCCGGGGAGCAUGUGUCGGCCACGGUGCGCUCGGGCUGGGGGCUCCGAGGUGGGGUGGGGGAAGGAGCCCGAGGAAACAGAGUGUGCUUUUGUGAGGGUGUGUGUGCGCGCCGCUGAGUCUGUGUGCAGUGGGCGUGGGUGUUUGUCUCCCUGUAUCCGCCUUCUCUCGCUCUGGACUUUUAGCCUUCCUGGGCUCAUCUACCUCAUGGCCGGCCCCCUCCCUCCCGGAGCUCAAGUUGGGGGCCCUGGUGGAGGAGGGGGGCAUGCUCCAGGACCUGGUCCAACCCCAGACGUUGCCUGAGGCUUCCCUCCAGCUCCCCUCCCUUCCUUUUCUCCCUCCCUCUCUUUCCCGUCCUCCCUCCCCCCCCCCAGGCUGGCGUGCCAGGGGGUGGGACAUGCCAAUCACUGGCUGUGCCUCUCCGGCUGCCAGCACAGGACGCAGCUACCCCCCGGGAGCCAGGUGUUUGGGUCCCUGGAGCCACCGCCGGCCCCCAGGACGCAGUGGGGUGGAGGACCCUACAGACCCCUCUCCGGCCCCAUGGGAAUUCUGAAUCCCACCACCCCCAUCCACCUUCAGCCCCCCCAAGAUGGACUGAACCAGGCUGCUGGCCAGAUGGACAAGCUGGAUGCCAAGGUGAUGACCUCCCCUUGAGGAAGCCCCCCGCCUCGUGUGACUAGAGCAGGGGGCUGCACCCUCAGCCCCACCCGGCCGGCCGCCAUGAAUACCUCGGCCCCGCCUGCUGUCAGCCCCAACAUCACCGUCCUGGCGCCAGGGAAGGGGCCCUGGCAAGUGGCCUUCAUUGGGAUCACCACGGGCCUCCUGUCACUGGCCACGGUGACAGGCAACCUGCUGGUCCUCAUCUCCUUCAAGGUCAACACGGAGCUCAAGACGGUCAACAACUACUUCCUGCUCAGCCUGGCCUGCGCCGACCUCAUUAUCGGCACCUUCUCCAUGAACCUCUACACCACGUACCUGCUCAUGGGCCACUGGGCCCUGGGCACGCUGGCCUGCGACCUCUGGCUGGCCCUGGACUACGUGGCCAGCAACGCCUCCGUCAUGAACCUGCUGCUUAUCAGCUUCGACCGCUACUUCUCCGUGACCCGACCCCUGAGCUACCGCGCUAAGCGCACACCCCGCCGGGCGGCCCUGAUGAUCGGCCUGGCCUGGAUGGUGUCCUUCGUCCUCUGGGCCCCCGCCAUCCUCUUCUGGCAGUACCUGGUGGGGGAGCGGACGGUGGGGGCCGGGCAGUGCUACAUCCAGUUCCUCUCCCAGCCCAUCAUCACCUUCGGCACGGCCAUGGCCGCCUUCUACCUCCCAGUCACGGUCAUGUGCAUACUCUACUGGCGCAUCUACCGGGAGACCGAGAACCGGGCCCGCGAGCUGGCGGCUCUGCAGGGCUCCGAGACGGCAGGGAAGGGGGGCGGCAGCAGCAGCAGCUCGGAGCGGUCCCAGCCAGGGGCUGAGGGCUCAGCGGACACCCCCCCGGGGCGCUGCUGUCGCUGCUGCCGGGCCCCCCGGUUGCUGCAGGCCUACAGCUGGAAGGAGGAGGAGGAGGAGGACGAAGGCUCCAUGGAGUCCCUCACGUCCUCCGAGGGCGAGGAGCCCGGCUCCGAGGUGGUGAUCAAGAUGCCCAUGGUGGACCCGGAGGCGCAGGCCCCCCCCAAGCAGCCCCCGCGGAGCUCCCCGAACACCGUCAAGAGGCCGACGCGGAAGGGGCGCGAGAGAACGGGCAAGAGCCAGAAGCCCCGCGGGAAGGAGCAGCUGGCCAAGCGGAAGACCUUCUCGCUGGUCAAGGAGAAGAAGGCGGCGCGGACCCUGAGCGCCAUCCUGCUGGCCUUCAUCCUCACCUGGACGCCGUACAACAUCGUGGUGCUGGUGUCCACGUUCUGCAAGGACUGCGUCCCCGAGACCCUGUGGGAGCUGGGCUACUGGCUCUGCUACGUCAACAGCACGGUCAACCCCAUGUGCUACGCCCUGUGCAACAAGGCCUUCCGGGACACCUUCCGCCUGCUGCUGCUCUGCCGCUGGGACAAGCGGCGCUGGCGCAAGAUCCCCAAGCGCCCUGGCUCCGUGCACCGCACCCCUUCCCGCCAGUGCUGACGGCCCCUCGCCCUCAUCCCCUCCACCCCCGGCCCUGGGAGGGCCCAGAGCCCCGGAAACGGAAACGGCGCACGUGGGGCUGUGACCUCAGACCCCGGGCCCCGCUCAGGCCUCUCCAGGCUUCCCAGGCCCCGAGGUCACCUUCCAGGGGAGCCCAGAGAGACCCUGCCAACUUUCUGCACUUUGCUAUUCCCAGGCAGGGAGCGAACCUGGGGAACUGGUUUUUCUGUUCCCUGCUGGGUGGGAAUGGGCUCUUCACCAGGAAGAAGGCCCCGGAGGAGGAUCUGGCCUUUGGAUUCCUUGUUUGCUUUUAGGCAGGAAGUCUGUCAGGAGCCAGCAGGGCGGCCUGGGGAAAGAGGGUUUACCAUUGCUGUUAUCCUUGGCCCCCUGGAUGGCCUGGAUUGGGGUGGGAUGGCGCCCCCUGGGGCCACAGCAAGGAACUGGCACCAAAGGUUGAGAGAAAAGCUUGGCUCAAAGGGACGAGCCCCUGGCUGGGGAUCCCCUCCCCCCUCAGGCACAGCCCACUCAGCUGGGCCCUAGGCACACUCUCCAGGACUGUCCAGCCUCCCUACCAAUGUCCUCAGAACAUCCCUGUGUGGGUCACCCCCAAGGCAAAUAUCUAAGCCUCAGCAGGACAAUGGCACCAGGGUACCAGCUUGGCUAGUCACACAUCGAGCCUUGAGGCAGCAGCAGGACCAGGCCCCAGGUGUCCUGACUGUCCCACCAUGUGGUUCCCCUGGAAUGAGGGGCAGGGGCAGGGGCGCCCACUGUCCAGCCUCACACCUGUGUGCCCUGCCCGAGAGAAGCCCUCAGCCCCUCCCCGGCUCCCAGCCGCCACCUGGAUAGGUUUGCCCCGUGCAGACCCUGCCAGGCCUCCUGCAUGCCGCGUGCCUCUGGGCCGCCCCCCACAGGCCUGGCCGGGCCAACAGGUUCUGUCCUGCGAACUUCCCGGCCCCACCCGUGCAUGGCCUCCCAGCCACCCUCACCUCCAGGCCCGGCCUGGCCCCCAGUAUUCCUCCCUCCCACCCUCAGCAAGCGCUGAGUCUGUGAAUAAAGCCACAUAAUCAGUGGA